AUGACCAGCCCCGGCCGCGGUGGUCGCUGGCGUAAUCUCUCCAGUCCCGGCUCAACUGGGACUGGGCCCGGAACGCCGGACCUCCGCCGGGGCCAUUUCUCCCCGAGCCCUUCUCCGUAUUAUUCCUCCUCACCUUCCCCCUACAAGUCAAACUCCGACAAGAACCCCGUCAAGAUCGCUGUCCGGAGCGUCGCCGGAGCUUUCAUAGCUUGCUUUACUCCACCGGAGAAAGUUCCGGCCGGGAGUGUCAAAAGCUACGAUGAAAGAUCGGAUUGUUCUAGCCAAUCCGGCAGUACGGAGAGGAGACGAAGAGGGACAUACUCGACUUCCAACAAUGGCAGAGAGCCGAGGAAUCAGAAAUUCAGCAUUGAAGAGAUCUACAAGGCCACAAAGAAUUUCUCCCCAAGCUUGAAAAUUGGUCAAGGCGGCUUUGGGACAGUGUACAAGGGUAAACUUGAUGAUGGAAAACUUGUUGCAAUCAAACGUGCUAAAAGGGGUGUUAUUGAUAAGAAUUCUGGAGCUGAAUUUCGAAGUGAGGUACGAACUCUGGAAAAAGUUGGGCAUCUAAAUCUAGUGAAGUUCUAUGGAUACUUGGAACUCGAGGAAGAAAGGAUCAUUGUGGUUGAAUAUGUUCCUAAUGGAACCCUCAGAGAACAUCUGGAUUGUAUGCACGGUAGGGUUCUCGAAUUCGCUUCCCGUCUUGAUAUCGCAAUAGAUGUGGCUCAUGCAGUUACAUAUCUCCAUAUGUACAUAGAUCAUCCUAUCAUUCACAGAGACAUUAAAUCCUCAAAUAUCCUCCUGACUGAAAAUUUCCGAGCUAAAGUCGCUGACUUUGGUUUUGCAAGGCUGGCAGCCGACAGUGAAUCAGGAGCAACUCAUGUUUCCACCCAAGUCAAAGGAACAGCUGGUUACUUGGACCCUGAAUACCUAAAAAGCUUCCAGCUUACUGAAAAGAGUGAUGUCUACUCAUUUGGAGUUCUGCUUGUCGAAUUGGUCACCGGCCGGCGGCCUAUUGAGCCGAAACGGGAAAUGAAGGAACGUAUAACUGUGAGAUGGGCAAUGAAGAAGUUCAUGGAAGGAGACGCCAUCCUAACUUUGGAUCCCAGGCUGGAAAGAUGUGGAGCAAAGAACUUGGCCAUAGAAAAGAUGUAUGAACUAGCUUUGGUAUGUUUGGCUCCUACCAGGCGGAAUCGGCCAUCAAUGAGGAAAUGUGCAGAGGUUCUUUGGAGUAUUCGGAAAGAUUAUAGAGAACAGCUAGGUUCAGACAUCUCUUCCGAUGAUUCUCAAGCCAGAUUUUCAAUGGCAGAAGAAUGA